CGUGAGUCUCCAUACACAUUGCUGGAUAGCCACCCAUCCGUAGCGCUCGGCUAGCGUUGCUAUGGAGCCAGGUGUUAUAAACGCUGUUGGCAUAGUUACACCGACGACCACGUUGACAAACCCGCCGUUAUUGCUGGAUAAACCAGAUGCGCUCCUGUUCUUCACCUUUACUGACCACUCGAUGCCUAUUGGAUGUGAAACCAUAUGUAAUAUAAUGUGCAGAAAUGGCAUUCGUGUCAGUCAGUGCAUUGUAAAUAAGAUGCAAAGCAGGACAUUUGACUGCGCAGGUACUGGGUCGAGAUGUUUGCACGACCACGAGUAGAUUCUUUUGUCAGUCCAAUGGCAACUCCAGCGUAUGUGAGGGAGCUGCAGCAGACCUCCCAGCCUCAGGGGGGCGGUGUGACCCCCACAUCAGGCCAGGCUGCCACCGUGACGGCAGCUCCGCAACAAUUCCUGGCUGAACUUCAGACUACAGGGGCCACGCCUUCAGCGGCCCCGCCCACCGGCCAGACCACGCCCCCUCCCUCACAAGCACAGAAGAGCCAGGCACCGCCCGCACAAGCCCCGCCCACUCAGACUCAAUAUGUCACAGCUGAGAUUCAGAGCUCACCUACGCAGUCCAGCAGUCAGAAUACACCACAGUACAUCGUUGUCACGGUUACAGAGGGUUCUCUUCAUUCCAGUGACUCUGUAUCAGAUUCUAGUCCUCCUGCUGCUGUAGUCCAGACUGGAGUUCCUACACAGGUGGUGCAGCAGGUGCAGACCGCCCAACAGAGGUCAGUGGUUCAAGCCACAUCUCAGACAACGAAAACAGAGCCGGGCACCCAGCUGAAUGUCACCAGCCUACAAUCGGUGCACCUGACACAGGAGAACUCUUUUCUCAGACAGAGAGGAAGUGUUGCGCAGAGAGAGAGUGAAGUGAAGAGACAGAGACAGAUAGAAAACUGGUUGGAGCGUAGGCCAGCAGUAGUUCUACUAGAGAAAAGCACUAACCCGUUUGGAGACAGUUUAUCAUAUGCAUCAGUCAAUGGAGGUUUGCUGGAUUGCUCAUCCUGUUUCCCCCCGUCUCUACCUGUCGCCUAUUCACCCGUCACCUUCUCUCUACCCGUCAUGUCAGUGGGCUGGGAGACAGACAGGGUCUCCUACACCUCUGCUCCUGUGCCAGAUGUGCAGUCUUACCUCUAUGAGAUGCCCUCAGCCCAUAGCGUACAGCAGCAGCUCCAACAGGUGCCAGUCCAGCAUGUGUAUACUAACCAGGUGCAGUAUGUGGAAGGAGGAGAUGCUAACUACACCACAAGCACCAUUCGUUCCAGCAGUUUCCCAUACACAGAGACCCCUCUGUAUACGCAGACCACUGCUGGACAGUACUAUGAGACCACCCCUGCCUCUGGUUCUGAGGCCACGUCCCCCGGCACCCCUCUCACCGUCUCUGUGACCACAGGAUCCCCUGGGGUAUCCAUGUUUGUGGCGGGGACGGGGCAGAUCGUGGCCAAUCCCACUACGGCGGCAGGGGGUGGAGUCACAGCUGUAGUGGCAGCCACUGGGACGGCGUCGAACGGUUCUGGAGACUCCGGAGGCGAGGCUAACGGUAGCAGCGGGAGCUACGUGAUUCAGGGUGGCUACAUGCUGGCCAGCAGCGGGACCGGCAGCAGUGGAAACGGUCACGGUUAUCCGCACCCCACUCGUGCCUCUCCAGCCACCGUGAGUAUAAACGAAGGCGAGGACAAUAGCGUGCCGUCGGCAGACAAAAAGCUGUCCUCUGGCCCUCAGGUGCAGUGGUUGUUGGAUAAUUAUGAGACAGCGGAAGGGGUGAGUUUGCCUCGGUCGACUCUCUACUGCCACUACCUGCUGCACUGUCAGGAGCAAAAGCUGGAACCUGUCAACGCAGCGUCCUUCGGAAAACUCAUCCGCUCAGUGUUCAUGGGGUUGAGGACCAGACGCCUGGGCACACGAGGGAAUUCCAAAUAUCACUACUAUGGACUGCGGAUCAAAGCGAGCUCAUCUCUGCUCCGUCUGAUGGAGGACCAGCAACACCUGGCCAUGAGGCAGCAGCCCUUCUCCCAGAAACAGAGGCUGAAGCCGGUACAGAAGGUGGAGGGAAUCACUAACGGAAUGUCAUCAGGAUCCGGACAGCAACAGCAGCAGCAGCAGAGCUCGGGUCUGUCGGACAUCAGCACCCAGGUCCAGCAGUACCAGCAGUUUCUAGAUGCUUCCCGAGCUCUCCCGGAAUUCCCUGAUGUUGACCUGCAGGGUAGAGCUUUACCGGAGGGCAUCGAGCUGGAACAUCUUAAAAGCUUUCAGUUGCUCUACAGAGAACACUGCGAAGCCAUUCUGGAUGUGAUGGUCAACCUUCAGUUCCCUUUGGUGGAGACUCUUUGGAAAACGUUUUGGAGGUUCAGUGAAAGUCAGGCAGGAGACUCAGCAACACUAGCUGUGCAUGACGAGUCUGAGAAGAGGCUGCCCAAGUCAUGUUUGGUGCUGCUCUGUAAAUAUGAUCCAGUGCUUCGCUGGAGUCGUGACUGCGACAACACACUGUACCAGGGCCUGGUGGAGAUGCUCAUCCCAGACGUUCUGAGACCUAUUCCCAGUGCCUUAACGCAAGCCAUCCGAAACUUUGCGAAAAGUCUUGAGAGCUGGCUGACUAAUGCCAUGAUGAACAUUCCUGAAGAGAUGGUUCGUGUGAAGGUGACGUCUGCAAGUGCGUUUGCUCAGACCCUGCGCAGGUACACCUCUCUAAACCAUCUGGCCCAAGCAGCUCGUGCCGUACUGCAAAACACGGCACAGAUCAACCAGAUGCUCAGCGACCUCAACAGAGUGGAUUUUGCCAAUGUGCAGGAACAGGCCUCCUGGGUGUGCCGGUGUGAGGAUCGGGUGGUGCAGCGGCUGGAGCAGGACUUCAAACUGACCCUCCAGCAGCAGAACUCUCUGGAGCAGUGGGCCGCCUGGCUGGAUGGUGUGGUCUCGCAGGUCUUAAAGCCGUACCAGUCUAGCUCUGCCUUUCCAAAAGCAGCUAAACUCUUCCUGCUGAAAUGGAGUUUUUACAGCUCUAUGGUGAUCAGAGACCUGACUCUCCGCAGUGCUGCAAGCUUUGGCUCAUUUCAUCUAAUCCGCCUGCUUUAUGAUGAGUACAUGUACUAUCUGAUAGAGCACAGAGUUGCCCAGGCCAAGGGAGAAACUCCCAUUGCUGUCAUGGGAGAGUUUGCAAGUCUUGGUCGAAGUUUGAACCCACUUGAUCCUGAUAAAGAAGAGGAAGAGGAGGAGGAAGAAGACAGCGACUAUGAGUGUCAGGAGUUGUCUCUGCAGUCUGAUGGGGGCGCUAUCGGGGACGAAUCUCUAGAACCGCCCGCUAAGCUGGCUCGAACCGACCAGAGGGUGCUGUUCACCACAGGAAGCAUGGAUAACUAAGAACUUAAAUACACACGUGCACCUACAAGCACACACUCCACAUAACACUCACCCAUCAUUCGUGCACUUGCAUCUAAAAAACAAAUGCUGCAGCUGCAUAUUUACACAACAUUUCAGAUGUUCGUAUGUACAUUUCCAUGCCUGUCGACGUCUCAAACGCACAUAUACACAAGCGUUCACUGAAACACAGAGACACAGAUAGCGCCGCCCUCACAAACUCAUAACAUGAACACCAUCACCGAUCAUAUCAAGAUCUUAGACAGGGUGUAGAGGUCACUAACAAUAGCUCUCGAAUCUAAACCAGAUUCUGUCUCUAUUAGCUGUUGAGACGCAAGAUCACAACUGGAUCCUAAGAGUCGUUCGCAAUGGACUGAACUCUGAUUGGCUACUGAAACCUGAAUGAAACUGUCAGUCAAGCUUUUUUUAACCUGAAAUGGUUGUUAGGGAGAAAAGACGGACUGUAAGUGUGCGUGUUGUGUGUUGAUGUAUACUUUCUGCCUAUCCGUGUGUUGUUCGUGUGAUUGUGAGUGACCCGGGAUCUUAUGGUUUUUAUCGGCUUGCGCCAACACGUGUGUUUUUGUGCAUGUGCGAAUGACCGUCCGUGGUUCUCCAGAAGUGUUGAUAGUUGUUUUUGUCAGUGGUACCUUUUUAAGUUCUUGAUGCCUUCAGUGACUGCCAUGUCAUUAAAUGUUUUAGGCAUAUUACAGCCCGGCUCUUUAAAAACUCAAUUUCCCAUGAGUCUACUGGGUGUAUGUGAUUCAGCUGGGUUGUGUAUUUUUUAUUUAUUUAUUUUUUUUAGGGCUAGUUUAUACAUACCUCUGCAAAUGACAGCAGUUUGCCGGAAAUGAGAGGAGAGUUUUUUUUUUUUUUCCAGUCUGUUGUUUUUCCUCUCGCUUUUUUUUUUUUUUUUUUUAAUGUUUUUUUUGUUCUAUUUUGUUGCACUUUUCCUCUUGCCAAACAUCGUCCUGAGCUUUGUACAAGACAUUAAAUGUUUCUGUCCUUACAUACUUUUUUCUAUGGUCACAAAGUGACAAUCUCGAUGUGUACAGCGUUGUCUAACACUGUUUAGUGCAUAUUUGAUGGUUUGCUGUGUAUUUGAGAUUUGGAUCAAGAUAUUUUACUAGAACCCUUCAAACAAACUUGACACCACUGCCCAUAGUAGCUAGGAAAUGUCAAAGUAGAGAGCGAAAUGAUUUUUCGGCCAUUUCCUUCUCAAGACUCAUUCGUUUAAUUCUUUUCUUGUGUUGUGGCAUAUUUAAUGAUCAAUUUGAGAGAAGUACAGUACAUUAAAACUCUAUAUCCCAUAUCAUUCAACAUAUGUAAACUACGAUUAUUUCUGCUGUAGAUGCUGACUGAUCUCAAACCAGCAUGAUGCUUUUCUUUCCCUCUGAUUCUCUUGACAGAACUACAGGAAACAUAUCAGAAGAUCUGGAGAUCCUCUCUGUAUGACAGCCAUUUUCAUAACAAAAUGAAUUUCCCUUUUCACUUUUUUGAAGUUGUUUCCAUUUCUUGCUCAAAAAAGGAAAGAAAAAAACAACAACACAAAAAAGUGUGGCAGUGUUUUGAGUAAUUUGAACCAUGAGAAUGGUUGUGCCUUUGCAGUUAUCAAAUGAAAUCCAGAUGUUUUUAAUUUAAAAUAUGAAUAAAUUAAUAAUUUCUAAAAUUGUGAAUUGUUUCAACUAUCUAGUUGUAUGUACUUGCAUUUUUUUUUUCUCAACUACUCUUGAAACCAUCACACCUACGCUGUGAUAAUUUGUCAGUGCCUUACUAACUGCAGUCUUAACGUCAGUGUGCAACAUCCUGUCCAAAACCGGCAAACGUGACAAGGAAACAUCACAUGUGGUAAAGAGAGGGGGUUUAUGCGUUUACAUGCCAAGGUACUUUCCUGUCAGACGGUCACAUUAUGCAUUUCGUAAACGUUUCUGAGAAAAGCCACCGAUCGAUAUCAAGAAAAAGAUGGGGCAAAGCCAACCACACUUGAUGGUACAAAUAACCAACAGAAAGAUAACUGACUUCCUUUCAGAAAAUAAUUAAAUGUGUUUAUAUAUAUUACACACAUACUACUGGCAAAAGUUUGGAGUCAGUUUUGAAGUCUCUUGUGCUCACCUAGGCUGCAUUUAUUGGAUUAAAAAACAGUUAAAAAAAACCUUACUAACCCACCCAAAGUGUUUGAAAUAUAGUGUGUGUAUGUGUCUGAACACACACACACACACAUACAUACAUAUUUUUAAUGCACUUUAUACCAAGUCAUCUUUACUUUUGUAGCACUUUAUACAAUAGAAAUAGUUUCAAAGCAGCUUAAACAGGAAAGUAACAAUCAAAAAUGCAAUUCAGUUGUUAACUAAAGCAUUGUAAAGAUAGGGACUUGUUCCCUAUAGAUGCUUUUGCGGUUCACAAUGCAGGAAUGU